AUGUCGCCAGCGUCGGCUCGCUCAUCUGUCACAGGCCGCCGCGUGCAAAGCUUACAACCUGCGCGUAGGCUGGUCGAUGAGCACGAUGCCUACUCUNUUGCCCUACGGACCGCCUACCUCUCCCAUCUCCUACAGCCCAAGGCUCGUCGCAUCCAACACGUCGCUCAGCCCGUCAAGCCCGUCUCGCGCUCGUCCACCUCCAUCACAGACUUGGUCAAAGACUUCUCCUCGAUCCGCGAUUCCAAGAGCACCCGUCUUCCACAUGGCUUUACUGGUGAGCUGGACAAGCGCAUCACAGGAGUCCUUGUCGGCAAAGAGCGCAUGCCCGAAUUCAAUGACCCUCUGGUCAAACGCACCNUUGCCACUUUUCUGAACGAAUUCAAGAAUCCCACGUUUCGCAAGUCCAUGGAANAAGACCGUCGUGUCGAAGAUCUCCUCUUGAUCUUCUUCUCCAAAGCCACUUCGGAGCUGCAANAGGGAAAGGGUUCAGAAGACGACUCAUGGAAGCUCAUGGUCGAUCGUCAUGUUGCUCUCUUCGUGCGCCUCAUCAGUUCCACGCUAAAGAAGGACGACUGGGCGCGCGAUCGUCCUGAGCUCACCUCUCGCUUGCAGACACUAGAGAGCAAGUUGCUGGUACACGCUCAGGACCUGACCAGCUCUUCUCAGCCUUCUGGCAGCACCACCAUUGAAGUUGAGAUUCCUCGCAGUUCAGAAGUCAAAGAUAUGCCUCUUGUCCUCCGUGUUGCAAACAUAUUUGGCAUCUCGUACGAUCAGAUUCAGGCUGAUAUUGAUUUACACAAGACUGUAUGGACUGAGCAGGCUGCCAUACAAGACUUGAAGCUGUACCAAAUGCAUCUCAGUCUAAAUUCUAGUAGGACACUCAGCAGCCAGGACUUUCAACUCGAAGAUGCCUACGAGACUUGGAAGAAGGCCGAAAUUCAAGACCUCUCACAGCUCAUGCUGGCCAUCAUCCAGUCCAACCCCGAGCUUGCAAAGAGCACGACUGGAUCAGCUGCCAUAAAACCUUUACCCCUGGCUUCGAAUGAUGAUGUCGACACGUCUGUCUCGGUAGACCAGUCUUUUGAUCUAGGUGCACUAAAUCUAAACAAUUCGCCACGAGAGUCGGUCAGUGAUGACACAGCCUUCACAUAUAUUCCACCCGAGCCAAGGGCAUAUUAUCGUGCUGUCCUCAGAAAGGCCUUGGACAAUGAUCUUUUCCAAGACGACGAAGCUGAAGGCGUAGAUGGGCCAGAGAUACAAUUACUUUCCAAGCAGUCCAUCGAUUUCCUCAACGAGCUAGCGUUGCGUUGGCGCAUCCCUCAACCAUCCAGAAUGACACUAUUCUUGGACAUUGUCAGGGAAAAGUUUGACCGUCAAGAGAUCACUUUGGACACACUCGAUGCCGCGUUCAUGUAUGUCAAGACGCCCACAACCGAAGUCAAGAAAGCAAAUCGUAUGAGUCAAAUGACUCCCUCGUUCAUGUUCGAUGCAUCGAAGUGGACAAUUUCCGACUACUCACUACAGCAACAAUCCCUUUCUUCAAUUCAUGAUGCGCUUCUUAGAGAACUUUUCGAGCUUCUGCAACAUUGCUACGAGCCCAAGCCUCCAUCUGUUGGGUCUGUGAUGUACAUCCUCGAGACUCAUGUUUACGACGAUCCUCUCUUUGCAAAGACUCCUGAAGAUUUGGACGAAUUUACAGUAGCUUUGCACGACGCGCUGAGACAAACAGCGAGAGAGGCCUACAACGGUAUGCUGUCAAAGCACGUACCCGAAGACGCAGAAUCUUGGGAGUUUUAUCAUGUCAUACAACUCGGCAAAGCUGUAGUCACGCUCGCCGACAAGAUCCAAAAACGCUAUCGCAAGAAUCCUGAAAUCAUGGGUGUCAACCCAUUGACGGCCCUCGUCCAGGAGAUUUUGCCGUCUUUCGCCGCAGAUGCUCGCGACCUCGUAUCACGCAUAAUCGAGGUCGUUCGUGGCCGUGGUGAAGACGUUCCGGUCCAAGAUGGCUUCGACCUAUACAAAGAACUGGUCAGCAUCCGCAAAGUCCACUCACAAGCGCUUCCCAAUGUUCCAUUUGCUUUCCACAUUGAAGGCUUGUUGGCAGACUUUGUAUGGCGGUGGAUCGCCAUGACCGAUGCAAACAUGCUAGGAUGGGUUGAAGGAGCUGUCAACCAAGAUGACUUUAGGGUCCGCACUUCACAUCCAGACAAUGUUCCUACAGAUGAAGAGCGCCAUAGUGUGUCUGCAGUCGACAUGUUUCGUUCGUUCAGCCAAACCAUUGAUCAAAUCAUCAAACUCGAAUGGGACGAUGAUUUGCAAUAUGCCAAGUUCAUGACAGCCAUCUCCAAAUCCAUCGGUCUCGGUAUCGCCAGGUACUGCGAGCUUGUGGAACAAAAGUUUGUCAAGGAGAUGGACCGCAUGACUCCCGAACAGGAAGCUGCAUCUCGUCAGACACGACAGGAGAAGUGGGUUCAGAUGGCCAAAGACACAUGGGCCAACAAGGAAAAGGUUGAACCCUUUCAAUUCUUACCCGAGUCGCUUGUCAAGCUGAACAACAUCGAGUAUACAACACUCCAAUUGGACAAAAUGGAAAAGGAGAUCAAUGUAGACGCUUGUGCAGACGUCAUUCAAAAACACGCACCUCCGAUUAAUCCAGUCAAGCUUCGCCAGGCCAACAAGUUUGUAUUCACCAUCAAGAUCAUCGAGGCUGAAGAUCUCAAGGCUUGUGACAUGAACGGAUUGAGUGAUCCGUAUGUUGUGCUUGGGGACGAAUAUCAGAAACGCCUGGCCAAGACUCGUAUUGUCUACGGUAGCCUAAACCCACGCUGGGAUGAGACAGUUGAUAUCAGUACACAGGGUCCCCUCAACAUCAUUGCCACAAUUUGGGAUUGGGAUGCUUUGGGUGAUCAUGACUGCGUAGGCCGAACGUCCUUGAAGCUGGAUCCAUCACACUUUAGUGAUUACAUGCCACGAGAGUUUUGGCUUGAUCUUGAUACACAGGGUAGAUUGCUAUUACGCGUAAGCAUGGAAGGCGAAAGGGAUGAUAUCCAGUUUUAUUUUGGCAAGGCAUUCCGCACGCUCAAGCGGAGCGAACGCGACAUGACACGAAAGAUUACAGACAAGCUCUCCUCAUAUAUCCAACAGGUCUUGUCACGCAGAGCUCUACGUGGUCUUCUUAAUCAGGGGAUAUCCAUCAACACGGUCCGUGGGUAUUUCCAGAAAGCCAGACCACAAUCCGUCGUCCAAGGACCUACUCCGAUUGAUAUUUCGAAUGCGCUAAAGCCUCUUUUCACUUAUUUCGAUGAUAACUUUGCGAUCAUGAAACAGACGCUAACGGAUUCGGCAAUGGUGAUGGUCAUGACACGACUCUGGAAAGAAGUCCUUGUUACAAUCGAGUCGUUGCUUGUGCCUCCGCUUUCUGACAAGCCUUCUCAACAGCGACCACUGACACAGCAGGAGCUGGACAUUGUCUUUAAAUGGUUACAAAUGCUGUUUGACUUUNUCCACGCUGUUGAUGAAGAGGNNGAUGGCACGGCACACGGAGUGCCACUGGACAUUCUCAAGUCGUCAAAAUAUCACGACCUGCAGAAUCUGAAUUUCUUCUAUUUUGAAUCUACCGAGAAUCUGAUCCGGACGUCAGAGUCGAUGGCCAAAGCAACGGUAGCAAGGCAGCAGGCAAGACAGACACGAGAGCUCAAUCGAAUGUCGGCACCAGCAACACUUGCUCAACACUCAUUCAGUGGAGCGGCGAGCUUAGUGGGAGUGCCCAGUACACGACGAAGCAAGAGUAUUAUGCUUAGCCGCAACCUUGGCACAAUGAAGAAGGCAAAGGAGGAAAAGCGCAAAGAGGCACAGGCGGAACCGAGCGACGAUAUAAUCUUGAGAAUUCUACGCAUGCGGCCCGAGGCAGAAAGAUAUUUGAAAGAUCGCAGUAGGCAANAGGAGAGAUUGGCAGCGCAUGCGGCAGCAGAGCUGAUCGUGCGGCAAAGCCUCAUGGCACAGAGAAGCAUGGCACGUGGACGAUGA